AUGAACGUCGGUACAUUAAUAAUAGGGAAGAAUCUCGCAAAACAUCACGAUCCUUUAUUGCAAUCCAUUGGGUUCCAAGAUCAAGGUUUUGAAGAUAUCCUGAUAAAUUUAGAUUCAUCAAUAAUAGACGCUUUCAUAAUGGAUGGAAUUUCCGUAUUAGAUGUUGG